UGAAUGGUUCCGGUAUUUGGUAACCUGAAUUUGAUCAUAAGGGAAAACAAGAAGAGAACCCUUAGGAUCAAACUCAGGCUACCAAAUACCAGAACCAUACAUAAAGUAGUUAUGCUGUGUACGACCACGACCACCUUAACCACCUUAUUCAUCAGGUGUUGUAAAGUGAAAUAGAGACGAAGAUGAAACCCGAAUAACAAGUACGUCAACGACCUCUUACAACGCUGUGAUCCGAAGAUGCCGGUGCCGACGCCAAAGUGGAGGAUGAUGAAUUUCCACUCGAUGUUGCGGAGUACCUCGACGUCCUCCUUCGCACUGGUGCUUGCAGCUGCAGUGACACUACUAUUAAGGCUACAAGAAAUCCAUCUUCACAGGCAUCUUGGUCCCGUUUUCAAAAGGAAAACGAGACCCAAGAUGCUGCUCAAGAUGGAUUUCUCUUAGUUCUAAUACUAGCAUUGAGUGGAAUAGCAGACGCAGUGAAAAUCAGAGGACAGCGUGCUGACGACACACUAGUAGAAUCUGCAGUUCGAAAGCUGUUGGAGGACCGAGUGCAGCUGAUCUAUGCCCAGAUCCAAGUGGGAGAUCCGCCUCAGAACUUCACGGUCACCUUCGAUAUUAUGGAUUCUUGUAACUGAAUAGCCUAGACUUACGCAAUUAUAUUAGGCUAGAAUACCUAUGAAAAUAUACGCAUAUCUAUGACUUCUGCAAGGGGGAAACAGGUCACAGACUACUGCUACGUGCAAAAUUAUAGUAAAUACAGAUCGGUCCAUCGGAAACCUCUAACAGGACUGGCAGUAGCGAACUGCUUCUGCCUGGCGCAAAAUGUAGUUCGGGAUCUUGUGUGUCUCACCAGCGCUACGAUGUCCAAGCUUCGACUACAGGACGCGAGCUGUUCAAAAAAGGAACACAGACAAGAGUAUUUGGACUCCACGCGAAGGUAGAUGCAGCUGUGAUGAAAGAUAAUUAUGAGGAUGAUCAUGAUCUGGAAGUUACUAUAGUAGAAGUAAAUUAUAUUAUAAGGUUAAGGAUAAUUGUGAGGUGGAUCUGGAUCUAGAUAGCUUCUUCUAUCUGAUAGAAGAAGUAGAUGUCCAUGCAGUUGAUGAGUAUCAAUAUCUCAGAGUGUUGAUGAGCAACACCAUGAAAAAGAAGAUGAUUUUGAUUGCUCAUUCAGUACUACUACUUAAGACGAGUAAAAGAAAUGAUGAAGCAGGUCGCGGACUGCAGCAGCUCUGACAUUUUACAGGAUGUCGGCCUCUAUAUUUUUACCUCGUCCAUACCAAGGAGGUAAAAAUAACGGCCGAGGAGGUUUGGUGGAGCAGAAGCUGGAACAAACUACGAACUACUUACCCUUCCAUUGUCCCGCUCUAAGCCACAGUCUGCGUCGGAACAUGGUGCGCGCCAAGCGCCCAGUUUUUAUCCGCACGGGAUAUGUCUGACGAGCUGUUUGAUCAAUUGCCGUAUGACGGAAUCUUAGGUUUGGGCCUCAGCAGCGAAAGUUUCGGAAUGGGGAUGAAAGAGGGAGUUUAUGAGGAGGAGCUCUUUAUGAGUACUCAUAUUGUUCUAGACGGUUAUGUCUUUCUUGUCAGGUCGUGGGAUCUCCCUUAGUUGUAGUAGGUGCAAACUAAUGCCGCGUCUGCAUGGAAGGAAAAAUGAGCAUAUUAUGGGUAUACUAGAGUAUAAGAAUAAGCCCCAAAGAAUAUCGGACGAUUAGUACCAGUUUCAGAUGCUCUCAGAUUUUACCAUCUGAGUGGCUACCCCCGUGCCCCAAUCUAUCAGCAAACCACAGAAUUCCUCUCCUUUAGACUUACUACAACUUAAUCUUAAGAGUUACACCUUGUAACAAUGUUCUCUUAAGAUAUUCCUCCCGUGGUUAAGGUUAAGACUUACAACACCUUCUCUUCAAUUUUACGUGGAUCCGGCAACACUGCCUUCGUCGCUCAAGAAGGAUCAGAGUCUGAACCUAUUCCAGAAUUUUGUGGAGUCGAAGGCGCUGAAGAAUAACCAGUUUGCGUUGUUUAUGGCUGGAUGGAAUGUACAAGUUGUCUACUUCCUCAAUCUGAAGAUAGUUUGUAUGAUGUUUGUUCUAUUAUUUUUUGUGAGUAAAAAGUUGCGUGCGACAACUGCUCGGUGGCAGCUCCUUUCAACAAAAUUCUCGCUUAUCUUGUGGGACGACAAAUGAGAAGCAACCUUGAGACAGAGAGGACAAAAGCAUUCUUCUAGCUAUAAGCCCUUAAGGCAGUCUGCACUGAUCUUUGUGCGAGAUUGUUAAGGAGAUUAAGAACUCCCCCCUACGCCGGUAGCUACGCGGAAAAUAUGUAGGCAGGUUUUGACUUAUCGGAACUCGUUUGCAAAGUACGCAGGUAGGUUUUGACUUAUCGGAACUCGCUCACGAUACAAAAAAAAAAGCGAGAUUAAUUGUAUUGCAUUGUAUUGUAUUGUAUCCACAUGCUUCGAGGUCCAGUCCAUUCUCUAAUCUCCGGUUCCGCAGUGCCGUCGACCCUCCGGGGGAGAAGAGUGGUAUCACCUUCGGAUCUCAUGACCCGAAUAGGAUGGCGAGUAAGAUGUACUGGUUUCCAGUACCUUAUCCGGCAAACCAUUGGGCGCUACCGAUUUCAGACUUCGUCAUGGCCCACCAAAGCGAUAUGAGCACAGCCCUCACCGAAGAACCCUUGAAGCUGUGCGAACCUGCACCGAAGAAGUGCACUGUGCUUAUGAAGGGAGUUUGAUUGUUCUGGUGUGCGUGUGAUAUAGUUCUCUUCGCCUGAAGAUGGUGAAGAAACGUCGCAGAGGUCUAAUGCAAGUACUCACUAGUAAAAUAGAGAUCUUCAUUCUGUCGUACGACCGCCCGUCAUCCUCAACAUUUUCUAAUUCCCUCUUCGAUUCCGCUUCUCCGUUGAUGAUAUUGUCCAGACCCGUUUUUGAGCGGGUCAAGGAAGCCAUUGCUACGGGAUAUCCCAGGAAGCCUGUGUCAGAUGCAGAGUUGGCAGACUGUCAACCCUUGCAAAUGAAAAUGCCCAAGAUCGGAAUUUCUUUUCGUUAUGAUAAUUAGACUGUUGCUGGUGAUACAUACUGUUACAGGAACUACGAGAGAAGAUCUACAUCUACUGUUGUUGAAGACGAGGGGCACUAGAACUAGUACAUCAACUAGACCUCCUAGAAGAAAAGUCCUCUAAUCUCCUGGCGUAACCUUCUACCUCGACCCAGAGGACUACGUGGAUAAGACUGGGAAUAUCUGCCUCUACCGGUUCCAGGUGAUGUUACGGCUUCUCCUAGUCCAUCUCCGGAAGCAUCUUUCUUCGAGACGUUUUCAAGGGGAAAAUGGAUCCAGGAUGCGUCUCAGGAUGGAUAAGGGUCAGCUCCAAUGAUGGAAGGAGAUCAGAAUCUGAUUUAUCUGGGCCGACCCUGGCUCGAGAAAUACUACACGGUAUUUGAUCGAGACAGCCUGAAGAUCGGGCUUGCGCUGAGCAAGCAUGCGAGGACGGUAGUUGUCUUCUUGUAGUAAAUUUGUAGUUGUUAGUUGUGCAUGUGUGGUAGUAUUACGUACUGUUUUUUACUAGUACAUUUGAAAGUAUGUAUUCUUUUUCUAAGAAGUAGCUAGUAAAAAACUACUACUGGUCGAUGGGCAAUCAAGGUGAGCAUGAUGUCGACCUGCGUCUUCCUUCCCUCAGAACGCCACUUUCUUCAGUUCUUAGACUAGAAAUAAUUUUCUGUUUCUCUGUUUCGAUAAGUGGACGCUCCUGACUUCUCCCUAAGAACCACACUUUCUUCAGUUCUUAGACCAGAAGCCCUCAUCUCCUAACCCCAGGUAGAGAUAUCCGACGCCAUCAGUGAUGAGGAAGUGACCACGACAUCCACCACUACAACGACGACCACAACCCUCGAACUAGAGGAGGUGGUGGCGGCCGAGGCGACGCCUGCUGCUGUUGGGAAUCCUACGGAAGCCACGAGUGCGACGGUGAAUCUGCUUACUGGGUCAUAAGAGAAGCACCACCUCCCACGACUAGGUUCUAUGUUUGAAACUGGUCCUGCUAGUUGUAGUACCGUGCAUUUUGUAAGUACUAGUUCGUUCUACUUAAUAUUUUCACUAUCAUCUUCCCUUCUAGUUGUACCAACAUCCACCAGCAUAAUAUUAUGCAUCCAACCACACAGAAAAACGAAGAAAGUGAAGUUGUUCGAGAUUCCUCAAAAGGAUUCCGGGAUCAAGAAAAUGUGCAUGUUCACAAUGUACAGGAAAGUAAGAUAGAGAUAUAGUCUGCACAGAUGAUUAUUAUUGAAGAUCAAGAUGAAGAUGUUGACCUUGAGAAUGAGAACUACAACAGACGUAGACGAUGUUGAUGUCGACCCUCCUGCUAUCGACGGGGGGAUGGCUCUAAGAAGACGUCGUCCGACUGUUCAUUUUUAACGACAGGAAACACUACUAUCACAGUGGCCACCAGAACGAACAAGGAAGUGAAAAG